AUGUAUAUUAGUAGAAGAAACGAUCGGGGAAUCGGAAGUGGAAGUGGAAGUAGAAGUAGUGGGAGUGGAAGUAGUGGGGAUGGAAGAAGUGGGAGUGGAAGAAGUGGAAGUGGGUGUAGUGGGAGUGGAAGAAGUGGAAGUGGAAGUAGUGGAAGUGGAAGUAGUGGGAGUGGAAGUAUAAGCAGUGGAAGUGGAAGAAGUGGAAGUGGAAGUAGUGGGAGUGGAAGUAUAAGCAGUGGGAGAGGAAGUAUAAGCAGUGGGGGUAGAAGUAGUGGGAGUGGAAGUAGUGGGAGUGGAAGAAGUGGAAGUGGAAGAAGUGGAAGUGGAACUAUGACUGAUCUAUCUUCUAUGGUGGGUUCGCAGCAUCGAUCUUCACAUUUUUGGUUAGAACAUUCAGAUAGUGGUUCUGAUUCUGAUGGUAUUGCUCUGUAA